AUGAAAAUUUCGACUUUGACCAAAGCUUUUGUGUUGGCGCAGGCCGUUGUCACUAACGCUUACAAUUGUGUUCCAUCUGGGCACAGCACUCAAGCCACAUGCUCGGGUUCACAAGUUUGUCCGGACUUAAAUUUUGAUUUUCACCGAAACCAACUUGGUAUCCCAAAAUACAAUAUGCAAUUGCAAAAUGUCCAAUGGGAAACUGAUAAUAUUUAUUGGAUAACUAUUAGAGUUUAUUCCGAUACACAAAUUUCCAUAGAUGAUUUAUUUUCUGUUAAAAUAAUUGGUGUUAAUUCCCCAGAUGGUUCUACUUUUCAAUUAUAUGAUAGAAAUUUGAAAGUUGCUAAUAUUGAUAGCCCAACCGACUUUGAAGCUACUUUUAGAAUUUAUGCUGAUGUAGAUGGUUCUACUGCUACUUCCGGUUCUUUUCAAAUUCAAUGGGAUUAUUGUAAAGAUGUUUGUAGUGACACUGCACUAUGUAAAAAAUGGCCAUAUGGAGAUACUAGUUUUGAUUUACAAGUUAGCUGUAAUGCUGAUAAUCAAAAUAAUGCACAAGGUGACUUUCCAGUUUUAUCUUGGAAUGUUGACUGUAGUAAAAGCUGCGUAUCCUCACAAGUAAGUGCAUCUACUUCAUCAAAUGCUCCUUCUAUUUCUAGUGGACCAGGUACUGCAUCUUCUUCUAUUCCAUAUUCUAGUGGACCAGGUACUGCAUCCUCCUCUAUUCCAUACUCUAGUGGACCAGGUAGUGCAUCUUCUUCCAUUCCAUACUCUAGUGGACCAGGUACUGCAUCCUCCUCUAUUCCAUAUUCUAGUGGACCAGGUAGUGCAUCCUCUUCUAUUCCAUACUCUAGUGGACCAGGUAGUGCAUCCUCUUCUAUUCCAUACUCUAGUGGACCAGGUACUGCAUCUUCUUCUAUUCCAUACUCUAGUGGACCAGGUAGUGCAUCCUCCUCUAUUCCAUACUCUAGUGAACCAGGUAGUGCAUCCUCUUCUACUCCAUACUCUAGUGGACCAGGUAGUGCAUCCUCCUCUAUUCCAUACUCUAGUGGAUCAGGCACACCAUCUUCAUCCUCUUACUCAUCUACAAUUACCGGUCCAAGUUGUUCAGCCACGCCUAUUUGUCCAGACUACAACUUUAACUGGCAUAGUGAACAAGUUGGCUAUGAAAGAUAUUACAUGGAUAUCCUAGAUGUGGUUUGGGAACAAGAUAAUAUCUAUGAAAUAACUAUCCACGUUUAUGCCAAAACGUCGAUUCCAAUAGCCGAUCUAUGGGAGUUAAAAAUCAUUGGUUUGGAUUCACCAGAUAGUUCCACAUAUGUGGUAUAUAGCAACAAUGAGAACAUUUAUCUAAUUACUGAUCCUACCGAUUGGACUGCUAGUUUUAGAAUCUAUACAAAAGACAGCGACUGUACUUCUGUAAUGCCAGAUUUCCAAAUUCAGUAUGAUUACAGUACGAAUCCUGAAGGUCCCGGCAGUUUUGAUUUACAGACCGGAUGUAAUGCUGAUAAUAAUGGGAAUUCACAAACAGAUUUUCCAGGAUACGAAUGGAGUAAGGAAUGUAACAAUUUCUGUUUUUCAUCAUCAAGCAAAUCCACUACUUCUUCCAUUCCACAUUCUAGUGGACCAGGUAGUGCAUCCUCUUCUACUCCAUACUCUAGUGGACCAGGUAGUGCAUCCUCCUCUAUUCCAUAUUCUAGUGGACCAGGUAGUGCAUCCUCCUCUAUUCCAUACUCUAGUGGACCAGGUACUGCAUCCUCUUCUAUUCCAUACUCUAGUGGACCAGGUACUGCAUCCUCCUCUAUUCAAUACUCUAGUGAACCAGGUACUGCAUCUUCUUCUAUUCCAUAUUCUAGUGGACCAGGUACUGCAUCUUCUUCUAUUCCAUACUCUAGUGGACCAGGUACUGCAUCCUCUUCUAUUCCAUACUCUAGUGGACCAGGUACUGCAUCCUCCUCUAUUCCAUACUCUAGUGGACCAGGUAGUGCAUCUUCUUCUAUUCCAUACUCUAGUGGACCAGGUAGUGCAUCUUCUUCUAUUCCAUACUCUAGUGGACCAGGUACUGCAUCCUCCUCUAUUCCAUACUCUAGUGGACCAGGUAGUGCAUCUUCUUCUAUUCCAUACUCUAGUGGACCAGGUAGUGCAUCUUCUUCUAUUCCAUACUCUAGUGGACCAGGUACUACAUCCUCCUCUACUCCAUACUCUAGUAGACCAGGUACUGCAUCCUCCUCUAUUCCAUACUCUAGUGGAUCAGGCACACCAUCUUCAUCCUCUUACUCAUCUACAAUUACCGGUCCAAGUUGUUCAGCCACGCCUAUUUGUCCAGACUACAACUUUAACUGGCAUAGUGAACAAGUUGGCUAUGAAAGAUAUUACAUGGAUAUCCUAGAUGUGGUUUGGGAACAAGAUAAUAUCUAUGAAAUAACUAUCCACGUUUAUGCCAAAACGUCGAUUCCAAUAGCCGAUCUAUGGGAGUUAAAAAUCAUUGGUUUGGAUUCACCAGAUAGUUCCACAUAUGUGGUAUAUAGCAACAAUGAGAACAUUUAUCUAAUUACUGAUCCUACCGAUUGGACUGCUAGUUUUAGAAUUUAUACAAAAGACAGCGACUGUACUUCUGUAAUGCCAGAUUUCCAAAUUCAGUAUGAUUACAGUACGAAUCCUGAAGGUCCCGGCAGUUUUGACUUACAGACCGGAUGUAAUGCUGAUAAUAAUGGGAAUUCACAAACAGAUUUUCCAGGAUACGAAUGGAGUAAGGAAUGUAACAAUUUCUGUUUUUCAUCAUCAAGCAAAUCCACUACUUCUUCCAUUCCACAUUCUAGUGGACCAGGUAGUGCAUCCUCUUCUACUCCAUAUUCUAGUGGACCAGGUAGUGCAUCCUCCUCUAUUCCAUAUUCUAGUGGACCAGAUACUGCAUCUUCUUCUAUUCCAUACUCUAGUGGACCAGGUAGUGCAUCUUCUUCUAUUCCAUAUUCUAGUGGACCAGGUACUGCAUCUUCUUCUAUUCCAUACUCUAGUGGACCAGGUACUGCAUCCUCCUCUAUUCCAUAUUCUAGUGGACCAGGUAGUGCAUCCUCUUCUAUUCCAUACUCUAGUGGACCAGGUACUGCAUCUUCUUCUAUUCCAUACUCUAGUGGACCAGGUACUGCAUCCUCCUCUAUUCCAUACUCUAGUGGACCAGGUAGUGCAUCUUCUUCUAUUCCAUACUCUAGUGGACCAGGUAGUGCAUCUUCUUCUAUUCCAUACUCUAGUGGACCAGGUACUACAUCCUCCUCUACUCCAUACUCUAGUAGACCAGGUACUGCAUCCUCCUCUAUUCCAUACUCUAGUGGAUCAGGCACACCAUCUUCAUCCUCUUACUCAUCUACAAUUACCGGUCCAAGUUGUUCAGCCACGCCUAUUUGUCCAGACUACAACUUUAACUGGCAUAGUGAACAAGUUGGCUAUGAAAGAUAUUACAUGGAUAUCCUAGAUGUGGUUUGGGAACAAGAUAAUAUCUAUGAAAUAACUAUCCACGUUUAUGCCAAAACGUCGAUUCCAAUAGCCGAUCUAUGGGAGUUAAAAAUCAUUGGUUUGGAUUCACCAGAUAGUUCCACAUAUGUGGUAUAUAGCAACAAUGAGAACAUUUAUCUAAUUACUGAUCCUACCGAUUGGACUGCUAGUUUUAGAAUCUAUACAAAAGACAGCGACUGUACUUCUGUAAUGCCAGAUUUCCAAAUUCAGUAUGAUUACAGUACGAAUCCUGAAGGUCCCGGCAGUUUUGAUUUACAGACCGGAUGUAAUGCUGAUAAUAAUGGGAAUUCACAAACAGAUUUUCCAGGAUACGAAUGGAGUAAGGAAUGUAACAAUUUCUGUUUUUCAUCAUCAAGCAAAUCCACUACUUCUUCCAUUCCACAUUCUAGUGGACCAGGUAGUGCAUCCUCUUCUACUCCAUACUCUAGUGGACCAGGUAGUGCAUCCUCCUCUAUUCCAUAUUCUAGUGGACCAGGUAGUGCAUCCUCCUCUAUUCCAUACUCUAGUGGACCAGGUAGUGCAUCUUCUUCCAUUCCAUACUCUAGUGGACCAGGUACUGCAUCCUCCUCUAUUCCAUAUUCUAGUGGACCAGGUAGUGCAUCCUCUUCUAUUCCAUACUCUAGUGGACCAGGUACUGCAUCCUCCUCUAUUCCAUAUUCUAGUGGACCAGGUAGUGCAUCUUCUUCUAUUCCAUACUCUAGUGGAUCAGGCACACCAUCUUCAUCCUCUUACUCAUCUACAAUUACCGGUCCAAGUUGUUCAGCCACGCCUAUUUGUCCAGACUACAACUUUAACUGGCAUAGUGAACAAGUUGGCUAUGAAAGAUAUUACAUGGAUAUCCUAGAUGUGGUUUGGGAACAAGAUAAUAUCUAUGAAAUAACUAUCCACGUUUAUGCCAAAACGUCGAUUCCAAUAGCCGAUCUAUGGGAGUUAAAAAUCAUUGGUUUGGAUUCACCAGAUAGUUCCACAUAUGUGGUAUAUAGCAACAAUGAGAACAUUUAUCUAAUUACUGAUCCUACCGAUUGGACUGCUAGUUUUAGAAUCUAUACAAAAGACAGCGACUGUACUUCUGUAAUGCCAGAUUUCCAAAUUCAGUAUGAUUACAGUACGAAUCCUGAAGGUCCCGGCAGUUUUGAUUUACAGACCGGAUGUAAUGCUGAUAAUAAUGGGAAUUCACAAACAGAUUUUCCAGGAUACGAAUGGAGUAAGAAAUGUAACAAUUUCUGUUUUUCAUCAUCAAGCAAAUCCACUACUUCUUCCAUUCCACAUUCUAGUGGACCAGGUACUACAUCCUCUUCUACUCCAUACUCUAGUGGACCAGGUACUACAUCCUCCUCUAUUCCAUACUCUAGUGGACCAGGUACUGCAUCUUCUUCUAUUCCAUACUCUAGUGGACCAGGUAGUGCAUCUUCUUCCAUUCCAUACUCUAGUGGACCAGGUACUACAUCCUCCUCUACUCCAUACUCUAGUGGACCAGGUACUACAUCCUCCUCUAUUCCAUACUCUAGUGGACCAGGUACUGCAUCUUCUUCUAUUCCAUACUCUAGUGGACCAGGUAGUGCAUCCUCCUCUAUUCCAUACUCUAGUGGACCAGGUAGUGCAUCUUCUUCCAUUCCAUACUCUAGUGGACCAGGUAGUGCAUCCUCUUCUACUCCAUACUCUAGUGGACCAGGUAGUGCAUCUUCUUCUAUUCCAUAUUCUAGUGGACCAGGUACUACAUCCUCCUCUAUUCCAUACUCUAGUGGACCAGGUACUGCAUCUUCUUCUAUUCCAUAUUCUAGUGGACCAGGUAGUGCAUCCUCCUCUAUUCCAUAUUCUAGCGGACCAGGUAGUGCAUCUUCUUCUAUUCCAUAUUCUAGUGGACCAGGUAGUGCAUCCUCCUCUAUUCCAUACUCUAGUGGACCAGGUAGUGCAUCUUCUUCCAUUCCAUACUCUAGUGGACCAGGUAGUGCAUCCUCUUCUACUCCAUACUCUAGUGAACCAAGUACUGCAUCCUCCUCUAUUCCAUACUCUAGUGGACCAGGUACCCCAUUUUCUUACGUUUCUGCAAAGUUAACCACUGUUACUUCUGUUUACACCAGUCUAACUACUACUUGUUUAGUAUCUACAACUGAAUACACCGAAGACAUUACAAUUACCCAAAGUAUAUUCACCACUGCUAUCGAAACCGUUACUUCUUGUUCAGUUAAUCACCAAGUUACCGGAUCUAACGGCGAGGCUUCUACUGUGUGCGGUCCAAAGACUGUUGCUCAGUCUAUCCCAGUAUCUACCACUACUCAAGUCGUCCCAGCUGGGUCUCCGGUUACUUAUACAAUCACCACAGAGACUAAUGUCCCAGUAACCACUACGAAUGUAAUUGUAACUACACCUAAUGCUACUGCUUCUAUUAAUAAGGAAGAAGCUAGUUCCGCUAGUGUCUAUACCACCUUUGUCACUUCUGUUUACACCAGUCUAACUACUACUUGUUUAGUAUCUACAACUGAAUACACCGAAGACGUUACAAUUACCCAAAGUAUAUUCACCACUGCUAUCGAAACCGUUACUUCUUGUUCAGUUAAUCACCAAGUUACCGGAUCUAACGGCAUGGCUUCUACUGUGUGUGGUCCAGUGACUAUUACUCAGUCUAUCCCAAUAUCUACCAUUACUCAAAUUGUCCCAUCUGGGUCUCCAUUUACCUAUACAAUCACUACAGAGACUAAUGUUCCAAUCACUACAACCAAUGUGCUCCUAAGUACAUCCACAGUUGCCAAAGAGUCAACUGAUUAUAGUAUUUUUUAUAGUACUUUAAUAACUAUUGCUCAACAGGAAGUCACUGUUACCAGUCAAUCUUACUCUUUUUUUUCUACAACUAUUACCAAAUGUGGUACCAAGUUAGACGGUACCAUUGAAAUUUGUGAAACCACUCAGCAAGUCACAUCAUCUCCCAUUGUCUCUACUAUUGUCAUUUCAGCGGGUUCUGAAAUUACUAGUAUUGAAUCAUCAGUCGUACAUACAAAGACCUGGGGUCAAACGGGGUUGUCUACAGUUAUUAAAACUUCAGCUAUUACAGACAGUGUAAGUAACACAGAAUUAUUACCUAUUAGUCAACAACAACUAGGUUCUACUACCAUUGCUUCUCAAGCAACUUCCUUUUCUGUCCAAAUUCAAGAAGCUGCUGCUGUCAAAGUGACAAUUUCCAUUUUCUCUAUUUUAAUUUCUGUUUUCUUAAUGUUCGUUUAA